CUCCGGUCCCCCCGCGCCCCACGGCGGUGCCGGUGCCGGUCCCCGCCCGCUGCCGCUGUGCGGCCUCCGGCCACGGGGCGCCGCCGUCGCCCGGACGGGUCGGGACGGGGGGGCGGGACCGGGCGGCGGCGGCAGCAGCGGCAGGGCUGCCAGCCCCACAGGGACCCUGGGAACACAUCCGGGGGAGGGACAAGGGGUGACAUCCCCCUGGGUGCCCCCCCAUCCCCUCGCUGGGUUUAGGAUGGUGGGGCAGGAUCUCGCACCCUCAUCCUGCGACUGCUUUGUGGCGCUGCCACCGCACACUGCCGUGCCCGCUGUCAUCUUCGGCAAGAAUGCCGACCGGCCGCGCCACGAGGUCCAGGAGGUCGUCUAUGUCCCCGCCGCCACCCACCAUCCCGGGGACAAAGUCCAGUGCACGUACCUGGAGAUCGAGCAGGUGGAGAGGACGCACGCGGUGGUGCUGAGCCGCCCCGCCUGGCUGUGGGGUGCUGAGAUGGGCGCUAACGAGCACGGCGUCUGCGUGGGCAACGAGGGCGUCUGGACCCGCGAGCCCGUGGGGGAGGACGAGGCUCUGCUGGGGAUGGACCUGGUGAGGCUGGGCUUGGAGCGCGGCAGCUCUGCCCGGGAGGCCGUGGAGGUGAUCACGGCAUUGCUGGAGCGCUACGGCCAAGGCGGGAGCUGCAAAGAGGAGCCGGUGCCCUUUGUCUACCACAACACCUUCCUGCUGGCCGACCGCACCGAGGCCUGGGUGCUGGAGACAGCCGGGCGGUACUGGGCAGCUCAGCAGAUCCAAGAGGGCAGCCGCAACAUCUCCAACCAGCUGAGCAUCGGGAGGGAGAUCACGGCCGAGCACGCGGGGCUGCGGCAGCGCGCGCGCAGCCAGGGCUGGUGGAGCGGGGACGGCGAGUUCAGCUUCGCAGAGGCUUUUUCCCUGACCGACCAACCACCUCGCAUGGAGGCUGCCAAAGCCCGCUACCACGCCGGCCGGGAGCUGCUGCGCCAGCACGCAGGUCACAUCACGGCGGAGACACUCAUGGCCAUCCUGCGGGACAAGGGCAGCGGGAUCUGCGUGGACUCGGAGGGAUUCCGCACAGCGGGCAGCAUGGUGUCCGUGCUGCCCCGUGUCCCCGCCGUGCCCUGUGUCCACUUCCUCACGGCCACCCCUGACCCCUCCAGGUCUGUCUUCAAGCCCUUCGUCUUCGCCCCCGGGCUCAAGCCAGCACCGCAGGUGAUUUCUCCCACCUUCCGCAACGACCCCGCCAAGCAGAUCCCGCGGUUCCGCAGCGUGGUCGAUCGGCGCCACCAGCUCUACCAGCGGCAUCAGGCGGCGCUGGAGCUGAUGGAGAGGGACGAGGAGCGGGGCCAGAAGCUGCUGGAGACGCUGCGGGAGCUGGAGAAGCAGGGGCUGGAGGGGAUGAAGGCGCUGCUGGGGGGCACGGUGACCCCCCACCCCGAGGAGCUGGCCGACCUCUUCUUCGACUGCGUGGAGGCAGAAAUGAAGUUCUACACAUAAGCCCCGUGCCCCGACUUGCCCCGGAGGAAUUGGCGCUUUGGAGAGGUGGCCAUGGCCCGAAACGCGAGCGCGGGGGGAAGGAGAGGGACGUGGAGCAGGACUUGGGGUCCUGCACCCCUGUGUGUCUUUUCCCACCACAGGCCAGAGCGGCCGGUGCCUCCCAGGGCUGGGAGCUCUGUGUCAGACAGACAGACUGACGUAGGAAUAAAAAAGCUUUAAUCGCA